AUGGCCCCGGCUGGACAGCGCUUAACAGCCGUCAUGGAGGUGCUCGUCCGAGAGCUAGCGCAGGAGAGAAUCGUCAGAUCACGCGCACCCUCCUCCGUAUCCAUAGCUAGCUUACGAGACUCGAAAGGGAGACGACGACAGGUUGGAAACCGGCAUAUGUCGACUUCCUUGGAGCUACCGCGCUCUUUAGGUGCCAAUCUCUCAAAAAGUGUGGGAGACGUCGCCGCCACCGACACCGGCACGUUCAGCGACAUUUCGGCUGGGUCGAUCCCAAAGACGAGCGGCCACCAGUCAGCGCUCAAAGCCGAAGGGGGGUCCGGCUCAGAUUCGCCCCCUGGGGGGCGCGGGGGCGGCUCCACGAUGACCGAGGCCGCAGGAGAUUCCAAAGAACGCUGCAAGAUGAGCCCUUUACAGGGCAAAAUGGGAGCAUCCCGCAAGAACCUCGGAGCUAGGACCGAAGGGGGGCGGGAGGUACCGCGAAAGCACCACACGUCCAGCGCAAAGCGAGGUCACGGGCACUCAUCGCCUCUCAAGGGAAACAGAGCAUCCAGUGCCGGAGGGGUGCUCAACAAGUUCCAAUUCAGCAAGGACGCCAUUCGAAGGCAGCAGAUGAGCCACGAGAGUUGGAUACCAGAUGAUCUCCGAAUGAAGAUGGUGAGACGAGGUAUGGCAGUGAUAAAGGAAAACGUGUUCGAGAGCGUAGCGCACGGGAGCGUGGUGAGGAAGGAGAAGAAACGAAGCAGUCGCAGCGAGCUAGAGAUCGUCAAGACUCAGGAAAAGUUCGGAACAAAGCACCAGCGGCCUUGCGCCUUGUGCGAGCAAAGCUUCAGCGAGGUCAACCUCGUCCUGGCCGUCCCAUUCAAGGUCUGCGCAUUCUGCAGCCAGUUGUUCCACGAUCCUCUGGGCUACCGCCCAACUUGGGAUAUGGAAGUUUCAAGGAUGCGCAAGAAGCGAGAACAGCUGGCGCGCGAAAAGGAGCGAGAGUACUGGGAUCCGCUCAGAAAGGCGACACAGGCCAAGGACCAGGAGAAUCAUGUCACGCCGCCAGCAGAGGUCAACCAGACUACAUCACCACCUUCCCUCCUCGCCGAAGCCUGA